UACUUUCAUUUUCAAUUUUGAAUAUUAGACGAACUUUGACCACAAAGUCAAGUGAGGCAACAUGUUGACGGGUAGAUUAGCAGUUGUAACAGGUGCUGGGAGUGGUAUCGGGCGUGCAGUAUGCCGCGUCUUUGCAUCAGAGGGAGCCACGAUAAUUGCAGCUGAUACGAACGAAAAAGGAAUGGAAGAAACUAUGUCCAUGAUCAAAGACACAGGGGAUCAUCAGACAUACCCAUGUGAUGUUUCAAACUCUGCCUCUGUCAAUGAUCUAGUAAGUAAAAUAAAAGAGAGGUAUUCAUCAGCACCACAUGUAGCUGUAAAUUCUGCUGGCAUUACUCGAGACAGGACAAUGAUGAAGCUCACAGAAGAGGACUUUGACAAAGUCAUAGAUGUCAAUCUCAAGGGAACUUGGUUGUUAAACAGAGCAGUGGGUAAGGCAAUGUUGGCUGACAAGGUUCCUGGCUCCAUCGUAAACAUAUCAAGUCUUGUGGGAAAGACAGGAAAUAUUGGACAAACAAAUUAUGCUGCCUCAAAAGCUGGAGUCAUAGGGCUUACAAAAUCCAUGGCCAAAGAAAUGGGAAAGUUUAACAUCAGAGUGAAUGCUGUUUUACCUGGGUUUAUUGAGACCCCUAUGACAGAUGUUGUCCCAGAACACCUGAUGCAAAUGACCAAAUUGUUGAUCCCACUUGGGCGCAUUGGUAACCCAGAAGAAAUAGCAAAUACUUGUGCCUUUCUAGCAUCAGACAAGAGCAGCUAUAUAACUGGUGCCACAAUUGAAGUUACAGGUGGUCUAUUCAUGUAAUGAGCAGUAAGAACAAUUUUGUAACUAAAUAUGUUUAGGUCUGUGAUAUGAAAAAAACAGUUUGCCAAAAUUAGAUUCAGGUGCAUAGCAACACAGUGAUACAAGUCUUUUUGUGACAGUGUGUAUAGGGUACAUGUUAAUUGAUUGCUAUUCAGACAGGGGUGGUCUGGAGCAGGAAAAGUUCUGCAUGAAGAUGACUUUGUAGAGUUUGCAGCAGUUGACUUUUAGUCAAGCUGGGGGUGGUCUUGUACUGGGAUGGUGCUAUAUGAAGUAGGAAUCUUUAUCUCUGCCAGAAAUUUUAUGGAGGAAUAUGGAUUUGAAUCCUUUCUGGCAGGCUUCUUUGUAACUGUGAAGAGAGAAAAUAUGAGAAAUUUUUAUUUGACAUACAAUGUACAUGAAUAUAGUACAAAAGUUUAUAGAUUAAUGAGGCAAAGCCAAGCCUUCCAUGGGCUUGGAUAACCUGAUAUAUUUCUGUAUUGAAUAACCUGAUAUAUUUCUGUAGACUGUCUGUAGCAAACCUAAUAAGUGUUUUAUUUUGUUGAGGACCAACAACAUUUAACAAACCUCCCAAGAUCAGGUACAAUCAAGCAAUUUUCUCCUCUGUGCAAAUUUCACUGUUCAUCUUGUUGUUUACUGAUUACUUCACUGAAAAGGGGUGCUACUUUAAAUGUAGUCACAGCAUUGGUAAAUCUGUUAGGACAUACUAAAUUUAUCAGUUUCUUUUACAAGUGAAAAGAGCUCUGGCAUGUUUUUUUUCUUUAAAUUUGGAUAACAUAACAUCAUUUUAUCUGCCAUGUUGCAGUUCAACUUUUUCUACUCAGUGUCCAAAGAAAUAUUGACAGCAGGCACGUAACAUCCAUUACCCAACGACAAAGAGUCAUUCUAGUCUGAGGCAAAACGAAUUUAAUUAUAAAAGCACAAGUUCUGUAUGUACUGGUAGUUGAAACUUGUAUUUGUUAUGACAUAUCAUGUACCGAUGAGCCCAAUUUUUCCAUCAUAGAAACAUUAUGUCAAACUUUCUUGUAUAAAAUGACAUAAAAUUACAUGUAAAUUAAUGAUUUGUUAAAAUAGAUCAAUCUGUAUCAUUCAAUAAUUACAUUUCAAGUUUAAAAUGAAUAUUAUUCCAUGUGUGCAUACUUUCAGAUUUUUAAAAAAUCUUCAUAAAAAAUACAGCUGA